CGCCUUCCCGGGAGCGGCAAGCCAUUGCCAUUCUUCCAAACUCAAUCCCCUCCCGGUGUCCCACGUUCCGCCUUGCCGUGCGUACGCUCAGCUGUCGCCGCGUUUCGGUCGGCGUUCUUGGUUGCGCACUCCGUCAAUUAGCGUCCAAGAUGAACGACCUUUUCUCGACGAACUCGUUCAAGAAGUAUGCGGACGCGAACCCAGAGACGUCGUCGGCCGACAUGGAGGCCGGCGGCAUGAACGGCGCGAACCUGGACCAGUUCUUCUCGGACGUGGAGGCUGUGAAGGAGGACUUAAAGGGCUUCGAGACCCUGCACAAGCGGCUGCAGUCCACCAACGAGGAGACCAAGACGGCGCACGACGCCCGCACCAUCAAGGCCCUCCGCUCCCGCAUGGACGGCGACGUCGAGCAGGUGCUCAAGCGCGCCAAGGCCGUCAAGGCCAAGCUCGAGGCGCUCGAGCGCGACAACGCCAACUCCCGCAAGGCGCCCGACUGGGGGCCCGGGUCCUCCGUCGACCGAACCCGCACCUCUGUCGUCGCCGGCCUCGGCAAGAAGCUCAAGGAUAUCAUGGACGACUUCCAGGGGCUGAGGGCGAAGAUGGCGGCGGAGUACAAGGAGACGGUGGCGCGGCGGUACUUCACGGUGACGGGCGAGCACGCGGAGGAGAGCACGAUCGACUCGCUCAUCUCGUCCGGGGAGAGCGAGUCGUUCCUGCAGAAGGCGAUCCAGGACCAGGGGCGCGGGCAGGUGAUGGACACCAUCUCGGAGAUCCAGGAGCGGCACGACGCUGUCAAGGACAUCGAGCGCAGCCUCAUGGACCUGCACCAGGUGUUCCUUGACAUGGCGGCGCUCGUCGAGGCGCAGGGGCACCAGCUCAACGACAUCGAGAGCCACGUCGCGCACGCCAGCUCCUUCGUGCGCCGGGGCACCGUCGAGCUGGAGCAGGCGCACGAGAUCCAGAAGGACACCCGCAAAUGGAUGUGCUUCGCCGUCAUCGGGGGCAUCGCGCUCGUCGUCGUCCUCGUCACGCCGGUGCUCAUCAACCUCCACAUCUUGACGCUCAGAUGAUUUCCACCGGACGUCGUCCAUGUGAAAACCCUGCCCCCUCCCCUGCUCCACACUUUUAAUCUGUGACUGAUCACACUGUCAAGGACUUUGUUUUCGUUUUCGUUUCCAGCGGUGCACUUCAUUUUCGUAGAUGUAGCCUACAAAACUUUGUACUACAUGAUUGAGAAAACACAGGGAGGAUGUAUAUUGUAGUGAUGUACCAGUUUAAUUCUUGA